GUGGGUCUGUUUCGAAAAUCUGGAGUGAAAUCUCGAAUCCAGGCCCUGCGUCAGAUGAAUGAGAGCUCCCCAGAAAAUGUCAGCUAUGAAGAUCAGUCGGCAUAUGAUGUGGCAGACAUGGUAAAGCAAUUUUUCCGGGACUUGCCAGAGCCUCUCCUCACGAGUAAGCUAGGAGAGACUUUCCUACACAUCUACCAAUAUGUCCCCAAGGAGCAGCGGCUGCAGGCAGUGCAGGCAGCCAUCAUGCUGAUGUCCGAUGAGAACCGCGAGGUUUUGCAGACUCUGCUGUGCUUCCUGAGCGAUGUCACCUCCGUGGAGGAGAAUCAGAUGACUCCUAUGAACAUAGCUGUUUGUCUGGCCCCUUCCCUCUUCCAUCUCAAUAUAGUGAAGAAAGAAAGCUCACCAAGAGUAAUACAGAAAAAAUAUGCAACAGGGAAGCCAGAUCAGAAGGACCUCAGUGAAAACCUGGCAGCUACUCAGGGACUUGCUCACAUGAUAAUGGAAUGCAACAAACUUUUUGAGGUGCCGCACGAGAUGGUCGCUCAGUCCCGAAACUCCUACAUUGACGCAGAAGUGCAUUCUCCCACUCUGGAUGAGCUUGGGAAACAAGUGGAUGAGGAAGGAGGGAACUAUCAGAUGUACCUGGAAAGUCUCAUGCAGAAUCUCCAGAAAGAAGUGAAAGAGAAAUUCAAAGGAUGGGUCACAUGUUCCAGUAUGGAGAACACAGAACUCGCCUACAAAAAGGUUGGGGACGGGAACCCCCUAAGGCUUUGGAAAGCCUCAGUGGAAGUUGAAGCCCCUCCGCCAGUUGUCCUGAACCGAGUGCUGAGAGAACGUCACCUCUGGGACGAGGACUUCUUGCAGUGGAAGAUGGUUGAGAGCCUGGACAAGCAGACGGAAGUUUACCAGUAUGUUUUGAACAGCAUGGCUCCUCAUCCCGUCCGAGACUUUGUUGUUCUAAGAACGUGGAGGACGGAUUUGCCAAAGGGCAUGUGUAUGCUCGUUGCCAUCUCUGUGGAGCACGAAGAGCAGGGCAAAAAGCAGCAACUGGAGGAGGGGAGAGGACAUUCCCCAGAGUGGUACAACAAAGGCUUUGGACAUCUGUGUGCAGCAGAAGUUGCCAGGAUCAGAAACUCAUUUCAGCCUCUGAUUGCUGAGGGACCAGAAACGAAAAUCUGA